CAUCGCCAUAGCUAUCCAUGGCGAUCCAGGUGAUCCAGGCCGCUGUUCAAUUUGGAGAUUCACCAAAAUAGCUGAGUCGUGGGAAACAAAAGAGUGGAACAAAUGACAGUCCGAAGAACUGCAGCUGAGCAAUAACAACUGCAAAGCAAGCUGUCCUCAUAAGACUCUGGUAAAGGACCAUAUGAAGAUAUACCAGGCCGUCGUCAAGGAGGAGGACAACGGGACGCGAGUCUGGAAGUUCGUUCUCAGCCAAUGGAAGGCAAUUGUAAAGUCGAGAGAACAGAUGCGUAGAUGCUUCAAGCGCGGAGAGGUCUCCAUCAAUGGCGCUACCGCAGAAGUGACCAGGAUCCUAUCCUUGGGCGACUUGGUUCAGAUCAAUUUUGACGGCCAUGCUGCCCACGAGUCUAUCUAUGGCAGGGAGAAGCUGGACGUGCGUUACGAAGACGACGAACUGGCUGUGGUGGUCAAGCCCUCAGGGAAGACGAUGGUCUCUUUCAGUUACAUGCUCCCAUUCUCGCUCUCACCAAGUACCAUUAUCGGGGAUGCCGAGACCCAGGCUCAACAUAAGGAGACAAGUGAACUGGAAUGCUUGAUCAAGGAACAGGGUCGCGAUAAUCAAGAGGAAGAACGGGACGACGACGAUGGCGACGACUACUACAUGUUGUCCAACAUCUCACCAACACUAGGGCAGCAGCACCGUCUCCCGUGCGCUGUACAUGGGCUGGAAAAAGCAUCCAAUGGGCUGGUUAUUGUGGCAAGGACAAUGGAUAUGCGCUCGACACUACUGCGAAUGCACGGAGACGGAGAGAUCAACAGGACCUUCCGUGUUAUCUGUCACGGCGCCUGGACAGGGAGCGAGCCUGGCAGUCAUGAGGACACAGCUCCCAGUACCGUCAACGACAACGGCAGGCCGGUUCCCGCUGAUCCUGCUACUCUAGAUGCUUACUGCAUUAGUGAUAUCGAAGUGGUCAAAGUUACUUCAUCGAAUGAAGCAGGCAGCAUCUCAACGCUGGAUGUUACCCCACAUUCGCCCUACAUGGGCGUAAAUGUACGUCGAUACUUGAUGGCGAAACAGCAUCCUGUAGUAGGCGAAAGCGGCAACACGAAGCCCCUCAAAUCAAGCCGCGGCAAGGGACUAAUGUCGGCGCUUGUCAGAGUGGCCUUUGUUCAUCCUACGCUCAAGAAAUUGAUCGACGUACAUAUAGAGGAGCCAUUCAAAUUCGAACAGCUGCGUAACCGAGAACAGAAGGCAUCCCAACGGCGACAGGAGAGCGAUCAGGACGAACUUCGAAAAGGAGGUCUUGAUCCUUUAUCAACCUAUGAUCGUAUGGCCGAUCGACCGAUCGCCUAUAUGGUCGGCGAAAAGGACUUCUUCGAUAUGCGAUUCAAAGUGUCCCCGGCCACACUGAUCCCUCGCUCCAGCACAGAAACACUCGUCCAGGCUGGUAUUGCUAGAGCUCAGAACAGGGCGGUCAAAAUUCUGGACGUGGGUACAGGGAGUGGUUGCCUGCUGCUGGCACUGCUCAUGUCGCUUCCGUCCGCUACAGGAGUCGGCGUUGACAUCAGUCAGGAAGCAUUGGAGAUUGCACAAGCCAACAGCGUGCUCCAUGAUCUGGUCAAUCGGGCCUGCUUUCAAGUUGGGGACAUGGGCCACUUGGAAGACUGCCCUGGCCUCUCACAGUCGUUUGAUCUUGUUGUCUGCAACCCACCAUAUUUGGACAGCAAGAAAGUAAGUAAGCUGACAAAGACUUUUGCGGGAACUGAAUAUGAGCCGCCAGUCGCACUGUUCGCAGAUCAGGAUGGCUUUGGUGCGUAUGAACUCUUGGCUGCCUGCCUGCUCCGAGAUCUCGAGACGCCAGGUCCUAGUCACAUUGUGUCCAAGAAUGGCUAUAUCAUCCUGGAGAUUGGCAGCGGCAUGGGCCAGCGUGUCCGGGAAAUAUUCAAGUUUCUGGUCUUCGAAGGUGCAUACAAGGACAAGCAGGAUACUGAGAGAUGCCUGGUGUUUGCUGUCCCGGGUCUUUCAUUGGAGCAGAAAUCAGCGGUGGUGAAGUCGGAUGUUGACAAAUAAACAAAACAUUGCCCGUUUUCCUAGUUUCAA